CCGGGAGGGAGGGAAGGAGGGCAGUGCGGGGCAGGGCAGUGCGGGGCUCCCGCGCUGCAUCUCCCGGCCUGCCCGCGGGCCGCGGAAGGGCUGUGGGCGGGGACGCGGGGCCGCCGACACCGCGGCUUUUCGCAGCGCUCGGGCCGGGCGGGCAAGGCAGGGACGCGUGGCUGCCGGGGGAGCCGCCCGCCAUGUCGACGGUGGCUGCGGCCGGCUGCGGCGCCAAGGGCGCGGGGGAGGCGCGGGAGGAGAAGAAGCCGCUGAAGCCCUGCUGCGCCUGCCCGGAGACCCGCCGGGCGCGGGACGCCUGUGUCUUUGAGAAGGGGGAAGAAAAUUGUGAGCACCUAAUUGAAGCUCACAAGGAGUGUUUGAGAGCUCUGGGCUUCAAGAUAUGAGUGAGAUGAGCAGGACUGUGAAUGUGAUGGUGUCUGUGGUGUGAUUGUGUGCUGGAAAGCUGCAAAAUAAAUUAUUUCUGCAAAUUACUUCAAAGAAAAAAUAUAAACAAAGAAUCUAUUUAUAAUAGACUAUGCAUCACAUCUAUGGCUUUUCCACUGUUAGCUCUUCACCACUACUAUAGAAAAUGUAUUUUUUUCCUCUUAAUAAAAAUCUGAAAAUGA